GGAGACACCCGAAGUCGUCGGCGGUGAGCGAGAUGUGUCGGGACGCGCUUGCGGCGGCGCGGCGCUUGCGCGAUCGCGCGCUGGCCGCCAUCGGGCGGCCGUCGACGCGGCGUCUGGCUCGGACGUCGGCGCUGGGUCAGGUCCUGGCGGCGCUGGUGUGCGGCACGGCGGUGGCGUCGCAGUAUUUGACCUCCGUCUACCACGCGGACGCGCCGAUGCUCCAGAGCGUCCUGCACUACGCGCUCCUCGCCGCCACCUACACGCCGGCGCUGCUCUGCGGGACAGGUUCCGGCAGCGUCUUCCGGGCGGGCCGCGGGCGCUGGCUGCAGUACUCGCUGGUGGGCCUGGCGGACGUGGAGGCCAACUACGCCGUGGUCACAGCCUACCGGUACACGACGCUCACCAGCGUGCAGCUUCUGGACUGCUUCGUGAUCCCGGUGGUGAUGUUUCUGUCCUGGCGGCUCCUGAAGACGCGUUACCGUCCCGUCCACUACGCGGCCGUCUGCGUCUGCUUGCUGGGCGUCGGCGCCAUGGUGGGCGCCGACCUGCUGGCGGGACGCGACCAGGGCUCCGCCUCCGACGUCCUGCUGGGCGACGGCCUGGUGCUGCUCAGCGGCGCCCUCUACGGUCUGUCCAACGUGUGGCAGGAGUACGCCGUCAAGAACCGAAGCCGCCUGGAGUUCCUCGGCAUGCUGGGACUCUUCGGCACCGUCAUAAGCACCGCGCAAAUGUCGGUCCUGGAGCUGCGGCAAAUCUCUGCCAUCCGGUGGAGCUGGCAAGUGGCGCUGCUGUUCGGGGCCUUCGCGUGUUGCAUGUGGGCCUUGUACAGCCUGAUGCCCGUCGUGGUGAAGGAAAGCAGCGCCGCCGCCGUCAACCUGUCCAUGCUGACCGCCGACGUCUUCGCCAUCUUCUGCGGCAUCUUCAUCUUCCGCUACAGCUUCUCAGGUUUGUACGUGGUGUCGCUGGUGGCCAUCUUCGUCGGCUUCGUCGCCUUCAACGCCGUACCCGCCCCCGAGGGCGACGUCGGCCCCGCCCCCUCGUCAGAGGAAGGUCGCCACGACGACGCAUCCAAACAGGAAGUGGCGUCGGGGUCUCGGGAAGCGGAGCAGAGGAAGUGCACUCAUGUUGUUGACUGCACUCGAUUGUGAAACCUCCAAAAUGUUUUGGGAUUUUUUUUUUUUUCCCCCUCAAUGCUGGAAAGCUUGAAACCUUAACAGUUGCAUGAAACCCAAAUUUGAAACCAUUGCCCUUACUUGAAACCCCAACCCAUUGUUUAAUCAAGCCUCACCUGAAACCACAAGCGUGAAACAACUGCAGUUUGAAACUUUGAUAAUCUGAGCCUACUUUGAAACCCUACUUUUAAAUCCGAUCCCAAAUUUAACCCUCGCUUGAAACCCUACUUUUAAAUCCGAUCCCAAAUUUAACCCUCGCUUGAAACCCUAAUUUGAAAGCGCUAUGAGAAUAGUGGUUUUUUUGUGUGCGUUUAUGUAAGGUGUAAUGCAGCAAUAAGUUCUUGAAAAGAUUUUAUUUGCAUAAAAUUGUAAUUGUUGAUGUAUUUGUAAUUUGUAGUUAGAAAUUCUGCAUUGAACUUUCACCUUGUCAGUGAAAAGCAUCUCUGGAAUUUUCCUUUUUUUUAAAUUGUGAUAUUUUGCUUUCGUUGAUUAAAUGGAUGCGAUUCUUGAUUCCCAUGAAAGACGGCAAACAAUUGGUUGAAAUCGCUUGCGUUUAUUCACAAAUUGGAUUUUUACACUAUUAUAAUUUCAAAUGGUGAUCACAAAAAGACAUUCAAUGAAACUGACUCAAAACUUUAGUUGUCAAGCUGUCACAAAUGUGUUUCAUGACAUCGUAAUGCAAUGUGUUGAUUUAGUCAAAGUAAAACAAAAGAUACAAACAAAGUCAUUUAAACGUCGACUGUAAAAACGCGAUUAAAAGCGAAAAGAUGAUCAGUGGUGCGAAUCGUUGACGCUUUGAAGCGUCAAACAACGAUUUAUCUAUUUUGUUUAAGAAGAUAUAUCCUACCAUUAAACUUUGCGCUCAUGUGUUUAGCUUAGCUUAAUUUAAAAUAAAGACAGGAAGUAGAACUUACUAGACACUUUAUUAGGUACACCACUUUAUGCCAUCCAGUACCAUU